CAUGAAUUUAAUGUGUUGAACAACAGAUUUUGGCAUGUAGGUUACAUAAGGGUUAAUACAAAAUUUUCGAUUAUAAAUGUGCAACGACAACGUGCAACUCUAUUUAUUUAUCAAAUGCAAUAAGAAGUGUUCGCAGUCCUCGGAGACAUUAGUUCUCACAAAUUCAUAAUAAAAAUAACAAUGUGGCUUUCAAAAUGACAACUUUAUGAAAAAUUAUUAGUUCAUUUACUGCCCCCCCAACAGCAUCGAACAGCUGAUUGAGCGCUGCUGUCACAGGCCAGCCGCUUUUUGCGCCGGGGUGGCAACUCUAAUGCAUGUAAUUUCAAGCAAACAACACCAAGUUACGUAUUCGAACCGGCGGCCACAAGUAGCCAUAAUAAAAGUGGCUGGGAAUUAUGUUCAGGGGCUUGCGACAUGUCAAAACUGUGCUGCAACGUGGACCCUACAAUUUGGCUCGCUGCCAUGGCUACGUGACGCACAAUUACAUACUAUAUGCCGAUGGCGAUGCCGGCCCAUCCGCAGCUGCAGCUGCAGCCGCUGGCACUGCCACACAAGUGGCCAGCAAGGCUUGCGGCACCGCAAACCUGAAACGGCAGCUAAACACGCCCGCCUUGCACCCACUAAGCUGGCGACAGAUGCAAAUGCUGCGGUCGGAGUAUAAAGCAAUUGUAGGCGUGGUUGCACGCUCGCUGCAACUAACACCGCGUGAGGUGCAGCAGUUACAUAUGCGUUGCUUCUGUUCACGCAAGCCAGAUUCAGAAGCUGACAAGCCUCGUAGAUCUGACAGCAACGCCAGCAAAACCAGCGAAGAAAAGAGCAGCGUGGCGGACAGUACAUCUGCCAAAGGAUCCAAGGCAAGUCAGGCAAGCAGCGAGAAAACUUCUGAUGACAUCAAAGAAAAAGAAGAUGGGUCCAGGUUGAGUUCCGGAUCCAGUUCUGGCUCCGGCGAGGAAUCAUCCAAUCCAAAUAACAACAAGAACAACGAAAACGAUGAGAAAAUGCGGUCGGUAUUAACUAAAGCGGUUUUAUGGCUAUUUACCAUAUAUAUGUUUGUGGCGUUCAUCUCGUUGCUUAUAACACCGCGCACCGAACGACCAGAGGGCUCCACACGCUACGUCUCCUGGAAUGAGUUUGUCCAUCAUAUGCUAGCCGUGGGCGAGGUCAAAGAACUGAUCAUACGCCCUGAUAUGGAAAUGGUUACGAUAAUACUGCACGAUGGUGCUGUGAUUAAGGGUCGCAAAGUAACCUCUACCAUAUUCCACAUGGCUGUGGCGGAUGCUAACAAAUUCGAGGAGAAGUUGCGUGUGGUGGAGAAGCGUUUGGGCAUCACUGACGGCAUACCAGUCACCUAUGAUCGGCAGACAGAUACCACGGGCCGCAUCCUGAUGCUGUUACUCUUUUGCGCCCUGCUCAUGUCUAUAGCGACGCGUAUGAAGAGCAUGAAGAGCCCGCUCAGUAUGGAUUCAUUUAAUCAAAUGGGCAGGGCCAAGUUUACGCUCGUCGAUCCCUUCGAUGGUGGCCGCGGCGUACUCUUUCGCGACGUAGCUGGUCUCAGUGAAGCCAAACAGGAGGUCAAGGAGUUUGUUGAUUAUCUAAAGACACCCGAAAAGUAUCAGCGAUUGGGCGCCAAGGUGCCACGCGGCGCCCUUUUGCUGGGUCCACCGGGCUGUGGCAAGACUUUGUUGGCCAAGGCGGUGGCCACCGAGGCGCAGGUGCCCUUCCUUAGCAUGAAUGGCUCCGAGUUUAUUGAAAUGAUUGGCGGCUUGGGUGCUGCACGCGUGCGGGAUCUGUUCAAGGAAGGCAAGAAGCGGGCACCCUGCAUCAUUUACAUAGACGAAAUCGAUGCUAUUGGACGACAGCGUUCCGGCACCGAAAGCAUGGGCCAAGGCAGCUCCGGAGAAUCCGAGCAGACACUUAACCAACUGCUAGUCGAAAUGGACGGCAUGGCCACCAAAGAGGGCGUACUUAUGCUGGCUAGCACCAAUCGAGCAGACAUACUCGAUAAGGCUUUGCUUCGUCCUGGUCGCUUUGAUCGUCACAUACUCAUUGAUCUGCCAACGCUUCAGGAACGUAAAGAGAUAUUCGAGAAGCAUUUGUCAGCGGUCAAGUUGGCAGAAGAGCCCAGCACCUACUCACAGCGUUUGGCACGCCUAACGCCCGGCUUUUCGGGCGCUGACAUUGCGAAUGUCUGCAACGAGGCGGCAUUACACGCGGCGCGCAGCGUUCAAUCAGAGGUCACUAGCAAAAAUCUUGAGUACGCUGUCGAGCGUCUCGUGGGUGGCACCGAGAAGCGUUCGCAUGCCUUGUCGCUCACCGAACGCAAGGUGAUUGCCUAUCACGAGAGUGGACAUGCUCUGGUUGGCUGGAUGCUGCCCAAUUCGGAUAUCUUGCUAAAGGUGACAAUUGUGCCGCGCACAAGUUUGGCCUUGGGCUUCGCCCAAUAUACGCCCAGCGAACAGCAUUUAUACUCUAAGGAGGAGCUAUUCGACAAGAUGUGCAUGGCAUUGGGUGGACGUGCAGCCGAGAAUUUGGUCUUCAAUCGCAUAACAACUGGUGCCCAGAACGACUUGGAGAAGGUCACCAAGAUAGCCUAUUCGCAGAUUAAGAAAUUUGGCAUGAACGCCAGACUGGGUCCGAUUUACGUGCGCGAUUCAAAUGAAUCUGGCGGCGGCGGCGCUAGCGGCAGCUCCAAGCCCUUUUCGCGUGCCAUGGACAGCAUUAUUGACCAUGAAGCACGCAACGUUGUUUCCGAGGCGUACAAAACCACCGAGGAACUGCUGACCAAACAUCGCGACAAAUUGGAGAAGCUGGCGGAGGCAUUGCUGGAUAAGGAGACACUGGAUUAUGAUGAGGUGGUAAAUCUAAUUGGUCCGCCACCCUUUGAUCCAGCUAAACGUCAGGUGGACUCGGUGGAGUUUGAGCAAUCGCUACGGAAUCUAGGCACAGAUGAAACAAAACCUUAAAGCGCAUCGCCUACAACUAGCCAAGCUGAACAGAGAGCCGAGGACGAUCACACUUCCACAUUUAACAACUUUGCCGCCAGCUUGACAUCCUCCUCCUGCUACUUCUCUGCUAUCGAACACCUUUCAAUUACCCACCUUCUAUCCGCACGUUAGCCAGCUGGUUCCCGUUCAAUAAAUGUAAAUAAAGUUGUUUAUAUUUUUAAUUGAUACAGCAAUUAGCCUUUCAAUAGCUCAGAACAUAAUAUCCAUAAUUCUCAUUUAACUGUUUGCGCUUCUUAAUAGCACGCUGAACGCGGCUAAAAACUUGCUCAGCUGCACCUUAGCACCUGCUAAGCACCUCUCUA